ACCAACAGUGUGCACUGGAGAUUUCAAGUUAUUGAGAUUUUAGACCAACAGUGUGCCUGGAGAUUUGGUUCUGGAUCUGGAGUCUGCAUCACCUUCCUUGCCAGGAUGCUGGGACCCACUAGUGUGUAUAUGAGCACAGAUAUCAAUGUGAAGGCAGCUUGCAUCACUUCUAGGGACACAGCCACCAGGAACUCGGUCACAGCUGGCAUUGUCAUUUUCUUGCGAAAUAUUUCACUAAAUAUUGUGAAGAGUCUACUAUUCUUACAGGUGAACUGUCUAUCAUCUCGCCUCUCAGGUUGCAUUGAUGUGUUGCUCUUCAACCCACCAUCACGUAGUCAGCCUAGUCAGGAGGUGGGGAGCACAGACAUUGAGGCAUCAUGGGCAGGAGGUAUCAGAGGCCGAGAGGUCGUGGACAGGUUAUUUCCCUUGGUUUCAUCGAUCUUGUCACCAGAGGGUGUCUUCUACCUUGUCAUUAUCAAGGAAAAUAAUCAAGGUGAUGAUAGGCUUGAACAAACAUACUACUUUUGUAUUUAUAUUCAGAACAAUAAUCAAUAUUCAUAUCACCACAAGUGA